CGGGUCUCUAUGAACUGGGAGGAAACUCGUGCAGGGAGCCACAAAGUGCACCACAACAUGAUCCUGGGACUAUGAGCAGAAACUUCUUGCUGUACCUGAAACGAAAGAGGCAAAAGGAGACCUCGGAGGGAGAAUGCUCAGUUUCAGACUUGCCUACAUUUUCUCGUAUAACCUGUUCCAGUUCUGUGGACACACGUGGAUCCUGGCGAAUACAAUAGCCAGGUUUCUCACAUUUGGUCAAGAUGCCCUAGCAGACACAUUUUACUCUGUUGGCGUUGUGAUGACUCUGUGCCAGCUGCUCUCCAUCCUGGAGCUUUUCCAUAUAGCAGAUGGGAUUGAGAAAGCCAGACUCCUCCCUCGCUUCAUCCAAGUUAUGGAGAAGAACUGCCUGCUGAUCAUGGUCAUCAUGCUGGAGAUCGAGUGUAAACCAGUGGUGUGUGCACAGCUCUUCUUGUGGAACAUUCUGGACCUCCUACGGUACCCUCAUGAGCUGCUGUGUGUAAUGGGCAAACCCUCCAUCCCCAUGGUGUGGAUCCGCUACACACUCUGCAUCCCCUUGUACAUCCUGUCAGUGGCCACUGAAGUUGUCACUAUAUACCAGGUCCUGCCUUACGUGGAGCCAACAACACCAAGCAGUUCCUGUUUGAACUCUACAGCGUCGCCACCCGCUCGCCCCCCAUUGCUCCUGAUGGUGUACCUGCCUGUUCUGGCUCUUGUGAUGUUGUGUGGUUCGGUUAAGGGGCCUCAGUGACCGUCUGGCAACUGCUGAAGGAGAGAAAACACCACCUUGAGAAAUGGAACAAGAAGUUAAAGAGGAAAUGACACCUGAGACUGAAUGUAUAGAAGUCUCUCAGGUAAUUCCCCUGAAGUUCAUCAGCAAAUAGUUUUGUUUUUUUUAAAUAAUGUGAGUUUGAUGUCAUCUCAAUCAUUACAAUCUGUAUUUUCUUUAGAAGAACUCGAACUUAACAUCCUAAAAUAUUGGAACUUUUAAUGAUGUGCUGCUGGAACAUGACCCUCUAGACGUUGCGAUGAAGUCCUUUCUGCUGGAUGAGCCUCACACAUCCAGCGCCGUGUCCAGCAGUCUGAGGAACGAAAGGUGUUCCAGACACAUUUUUGUGAAGAACACCUGCAUGCGUUGCCACGGCGACAGUUUGUAAAAGCUCUUCUGGGCUACCACCCGUAUGCUCUGGUCCAUACAGCUUUCUUCUUGAACUCAGCGGAUGACUUCAGGGCCAAAAGGGCAGCUGAAACAACAAGCAUCAGAUAAACCUUUACAGAAUAAGUAUAUUUUCAUUGUUGUCCAGCACCGGACUAAAAUCCCUCUCUAUGGAUGUGUGCGGUCACUGCAUUGCAUAUCAUGUUAACGAUACACGUAUAAAAUAUGGUGUAGAUAAUCCAGUGUCUCUUCAAUUAUUUUAUAUAUGCCGUAUUAUUAUUGACACUUAUUUUGUUACGUAUUGAAAAUUUGAUAUUGUUAAUGGCCAUUAUAUACACACAUCUGUUCACUUCCACACAAUAUUUUAAGACCUGCAUAUGUAAUGAUUUUUAGAGGCUCUAGUCAAAAGUUUUACAUACAUCUCUCAUAUAAUGUCAGUCUGUUAAUAUUGACAAUGGCCCAUUCACUGGCGGCCACAAACAGCCUUCCAUCAGCUAAGCAGCACUUUGUAUUUGUCUAUGAUGAAGCACCAUCUUAAACAAUUCGGAUGGAAACUAAUGAUUGUGCCAUAUCCUCGUGUAAGAAUGGGAAUAAAUUCUCAAUGAAUA